CUCCAAUUCCCCAACGGAAGAGGAAUAAAUUCUUCGCCCACUGCCGCAAGAAAGGCACCUCCCCCUCCCUCUUCUCCUCUCCUCUCCACCCUUCACCGCCGCCGGAAAAGCAGGUUCCAUUCCAUCCUCGUCUCCACUUGCCCGCGAUUCCUCUCACCCUCUGGGGAGGGAAAGGUUCGCUCGGCUCACUCACCCACUCACUCUGGUAUAUCGGCGGCGGCGGCGGCGGCGCCCUCUAUUCCACUCCGGUCCGGUGCACUCCAUGAACUGGACCGUGACUUGUUGAAUUCUCUUCCUGCCGCCGUCACAUAUGAGGAACUAGAGGGUCGGGGGAAGCUCCAGCGUCUGGGUCAACUGUGCCGACCAACCUCUCCAUCACGGCACUGGAAUUCGCGCUCUGGAGCUCCGUCUGGUGCUUCCUGGCCGUCUCCUCCACCAAUUUCUGAGCCAGGAUCUUCUUCUCUUCUCUUCUCUUCUCUUCUCUUCUCGUGCUACUACUAUUGCUCGAGCACCGCGCCAAAUCCGUGGAGCUGUCAGUGCAGUAGGCAACUCUUGUCGUGCCGGGGUGGGUAGUUGCGGCCAAGGGAACACGCCACCUUCUCCGAGUUGGAAUUAGGUGCGGCCCUCCGCCUCAAAAGGGCUGGUUUGGUGGGAACUUUCGCUUGCCUACUCGCUGCUUUCUCCCGUGGUCCUCACUGAUGGAGAUUGCUGGAAUUGGAGUUGGAAGGACAUUCUGAUUGAAUUGGUUGGGUGGGUUUAGUGUCCAUUGGCUGAGGAUGGAGGAGAAGGUAUUGUCCGAGGCAGCCUCGAGGGGUGAGGAUGACUUCAGGAGCUGCUGUGGGGAUGAGGAAGAGUGGGAGGACACCGAGGAAUCGUUCACGGCCGGCAUCGGAAAGGGGGAGCUUGAUGAGGCCUCGGUGCGCCUCUUCUUCAAGGGCGUGUCGAGCCCCGAGGCAGAGGGGAAGAAGCUCUCUGGGAUCGGCGUCGUGAUGGAGAGGUCCCCUGGGGUGCCUGUUCUUAAGGUGCAGAAGAAGCUGGAUUUCUAUGUCGAGGAGCUGGUGGCUGAGCACCUCGCGCUCAUGGAUGGGCUGCUAGUCGCCCUGCAGAAUGGCAUCCGGAAGAUCUUCGCCUUCACUAAUUCGGAAAAGCUCUACUUUCAGAUAGCAGAAGCUGAAAUUCUUGAAGAUCAGCUUUUGGUAGCUUUAGGACACAGGAUUCUUGAACUGGUGGAUAAGUUGGAAGACUUUGAUUUGAUAUUGCUUCCAAGCUUUGAACUCGAGAGGCCCUUGCAGUUGGCCAAAGAAGCUAUAGGCAUCAGAUAUCUGUCUCCUUAUGAGGUUGGUACCUGCCCGAUUUGCCGUGAGGAGAAACUAGGUUCUCAGAUGAUCAAGGCAGGUUGUUCGCACACAUAUUGCUAUAAUUGCCUGACUGGGUAUAUUGAAGACAAGCUGCUGACCUCAAAGCUGCCUAUAAGGUGUCCACAAUUAAGGUGUAAAUAUAUUAUUUCUGCUAGCGAGUGUAAAUCAUUCCUUCCAGUUAGCAGCCAUGAUUCCCUGGAGAGAGCAUUUGCAGAAGCUGGCACCUCUGAAAUGGAAAGAUUUUAUUGUCCCUUUCCAAAUUGUUCAGUGCUGUUAGACCUUAGUCAGCACUUCUCUAGGGCAAGUUCAUCAAGCCAGUCAGAUCUCAGUUGUAUCGAGUGCCCAGAAUGCCAUAGAGAUAUAUGUAUCAACUGUGGAGUGCCAUGGCACAUCAUGAUGGGCUGUGACGAGUACCAGAGCUUGCCUGCUGAGGAAAGAGAUGCUGGGGACCUGUCUUUGCAUCGCCUUGCACAGAACAAUAGGUGGAGGCGCUGUCAAAAUUGUCGACGUAUGAUUGAACUAACACAGGGCUGCUUCCAUAUGACUUGCUGGUGUGGGCACGAGUUCUGCUACUCCUGUGGUGCUGACUAUGCUAGUGGUGUACAAACAUGCCAAUGCGUGUUCUGGGACGAUGAAGCCGUGGAGGCCUCCUCCGCUGAGCGAUCCACCCAAGCAGCAUCUGAGAUCUGGGCAUGGGACACGUUUGACUGCAUGCCGACCGCCGUGGAGGGGUACUCGGAGCAGGAAAGGGCACAGCUGGCGCUCAUCCAGAGGUUCCUCGCGGGAGGUUUUAGCCUGGGAGACAACCACAACCCCAACCCCUGCCAGUCACCGCCACGCUGCGCCGACUCGUACAUCGUCGACACCAUGAAGGACCUCCACCAGCUCCCGUGGCUUGAGCGGUUCGUGUCGGUGAUCAGCGACACCUACAAUGAUGACUACAUCCAGUGAAUGAAGAGAGUGACAGUUAUAGAUAGCAGUAAAGAAACGGCACAUACCGAGUUCUCCGUUCAGAGUAAUAAUAUGUUUUCCAUGCCCCUGUCGAUAAUUGACGCAGGGGAAAGUGAGAUGCUUUCAUCAUAAAUACACUGGUGUUGUUUCCUCCCUUGUAUGGUAACCUUUGGUGUUAGUGCAUCAGCAAAAGAGUUAUCUGUUUACAGUCUCGGUUAUAUGAUUCUCUCAUUUCUUUCAAGUGAGUAA